AUGCAGGGAAGUCGUGGAAAAAGACGUGUAGCAAGAGCAGAUUUUAUAAGAUCUGGGAAUCAGGAUGCGAAAGACAUUUUUCUAAUUGAAAUUAAAAGGUGUAGGAGAAUAUUACAGAGGGGAAAAAAGAAGUUCAUUAAUGGGAUUUUGGAGGAAGCCGAGAAGGAUCGAUCGCAAGGAAGAAUUAGAAACUUCUUCAAGACUAUUGGACAGUAUAAGGAUUUUAACACAAUCCUAAAGGCAAUAAAGGUAGUAAUGAAGAUUUUCUUAUGGAACCAAGUGAUAAAGGUAAAGGUGGAGGGAAUACUUCAUAGAUAUUUUCAAUGCAGAAAUACAAGUGGACCCUAUAGGAAACGCUCAAUACCAGACAGCGGAACCAAUGAUUAG